UCGAUACCUCGAUACUUUUGUGAUCUGUCAAAACAACAGUAGAAACGUGGUGGGGGUAGAAGCGGCACGGAGGAAUAAGGGCUGAAGGAGAACGUGAACGGGUUAAGAAACUGAGAGACGAUACAAUGAAAAUUACUGCUAGUGAUAGAAGAGCACUGUCUAUAUGGCGAACGCUGGUGACAAUAUGCGCUACGGUUACUCUUUUACCAUUCACAAUAUUUGCAGCAUACAAGUCUUUACGGAGGCGUCGACUGAAAUACCGGCUGAAAGAAAAGGUGGUUCUGAUAACAGGUGCUAGUUCUGGCUUAGGUGAGGCACUGGCUCAUGCUUUCUACCGUGCUGGUUGUAGAGUUGUCCUUGCAGCACGGUGUGAAGAUGAACUCAGAAGAGUAAAAAAUAUGUUAUUAACUACACACAGUGUAAGCAAAACUGAUGUUACGCAUCCUCCUGUUGUUUUGCCCCUGGACCUUUCUGAUUUGAAUGCUUUACCAGGAAGAGUAGCAAAGGUUCUUGAGAUUUUUGGUCAUAUUGAUAUUUUAAUAAAUAAUGGAGGAAUCAGUUAUCGGGGCAAUAUACUGACCACAUCCAUUGAUGUUGAUAUCAAACUCAUGCUUAUUAAUUACUUUGGGCAGGUGGCACUUACAAAAGCAGUCCUGCCAUCUAUGAUUGACAGGCAAAGUGGUCACAUAGUGUCAGUAAGCAGUGUUCAAGGAAAGAUAGCUAUUCCUUACAGGUCUGCCUACACUGCUUCAAAGCAUGCGGUCCAAGCAUUUAGUGACACCCUGAGAGCAGAAGUUGCUGCACACAAUAUAAAUGUUACUCUUGUGAGCCCGGGAUACAUUCACACAAAGCUGUCUGUAAAUGCGUUGACAGGAAAUGGAGAGGCUUAUGGAGUUAUGGAUUCAGCAACAGAAAAUGGUUCACCAGUGGAGAAAGUGGCUGAGGAGAUCCUGUAUGCUGUUGCAACAGAAAAAAAGGAACUUACAACAUGCUCAUUUGUAGCCCAUAUAGCAGUUCUGCUUAGAACACUGUACCCAGAGCUGUUCUUCUGGCUAAUGAAAAAAAGAGCUCAUCAACAUUAGGAAGAACUUCCUAUUUAUUUGCCCCAUCUGUUUAAGUUUGUCAUUUUUUGUUACUUUAUGUAGCUGUUGACUUUAUAUCAUCUUGUUUCUGAUCUCUGAUCACAUUAGCUCUCUUUAUUUUAAGGUCUUAUGAACAAUAUGUUCAUAUAUACAGAUAUCUUUGUGAGAUUAUCUAAAAAGAAAUUAAGAAUGAGAGGAAAGGACAAUGAGACAAAUAUUACCAUUGAUACAAAGAGAGAAAACAGUGUAUAGAUGCAAACUAAAAAAUUAGAAAGGCAUCUGUAGUUACUGGAAACAAGUGAAAUGUACAUGUUAUUAAGUAAACAAUGUGCGUUCAGAGCUAUGGAAGCCCAGUAAAAUCCUGUCCUAACAAAACUUGCUUCUCAAAAUUUCCUAUUUUUAAUGAGUACAUUCAUUGGUCCCCCCCAAAAACUCCCAUAAUAACAAUGAUACUGAAAUUUGUUGUUAAUGAACCGUAUUUUAAUAAAGGUAAUAUUUAAGGAAUAAAUAUGAAAGAUAGAUUCUGCAAUUUGAAACCUGGCUUUGAUGCAAAUCUCAACAAACUUUUCCUUUCAUUUUUACUUACAUUUUGAUAAUAUGUGUUGAUCUGUAAAUGACAUUUGAUUCUCUCAGUCAGUAGUUACAUAGGUUACACUGUGUUUUUUACUUCUAGUCAAAGAAAUAGAAUAGGUUUAACUGAUUGAGUAUUUUAGAGGCAAGAUAUAUUGCCAUAGAAAACAACCGUAUCAUCAGGAUGAUGGUCCUUAUAUUUCUAGCUGCAUUUGUAUUUGGGCCUCACAUCCAUAUCCUUCUUUGUGGAAGGGAAAGCUUGAAAAUUACCAUCAUUAUUAUUUUGAUAGCUAACUACCAGAAUGUAGGUUAAAGUCAAGAGGUCUUAAGGAAUGGUUUAUGUUCCCUUCGAUACACCUAAGGGGCACACAAGCUCAAGCAGUGUGCUAGAUAAGAAAACAGUAAGACAUGAUACAGCAUGCUAGAAGAGCAGCUUGGUCUAGUUCUAACAUAUUAAUCCAAAAGCUAACAACUAAGUGACAUUCGAGAUGCUCUAAUACUUGUUAACCAAGAGGAGAACACUGGGGUCAACUCUGCAGAGGUUCAAAUGGUUCAAAUGGCUUUGAGCACUAUGGGACUUAACUGCUGAGGUCAUCAGUCCCCUAGAAUUUAGAACUACUUAAACCUAAAUAACCUUAGACAUCACACACAUCCAUGCCCGAGGCAGGAUUCGAACCUGCGACCGUAGUGGUCUCAUGGUUCCAGACUGUAGCACCUAGAACCGCUUGGCCACCAACUCUGCAGAGGGGUGUUUGAAGCUGGCUGAUAAUGCUUGCUGUGGCGCAUGCGCGGGUUGUUGCUCCUGUGCUCGUGCUGUGGUUACCAGUGAGAGGAAGGGCAUGGGCAAAUCCUGCGUGCAGCAUUGGGAGCGUGUGAAGUAGCAUCACUGCUCCAAUGGUGCAGUUGCUAGCAGUGUUGGUGAGGACACCGUUGAGAGUGGCAGGUGCCUGUUGGGAUGGGGCACUGUCUGUCAGCUAGAGGCUGCAAAAAGGGUAGUGCUGUGGCAGCAUGAGGUCCCAAGCACUGGGAGGGGUGUCACUCAUACAGUCGGUUGAUGGUGGACCAGAGGCAGCGUCACCUGGUGGUGUAUUGGACACAGCAUCGAGGGGCAGUGGCGGCCAUGGCACGUCAGAAGCAGGGGAGGGAAUGGUGUUGGCCUGCAUCAUAUCGGGUGCAUUGUUGAUGGUGCUGUGGCUGGAUCCAGUGGUAGGUGGGGGAAACUGUACCCUCAAUGGUGCUGUGCUUGUUGGUUGGAGUGGACUCUAGAACAUGGCCGGCUUGAGCCUGUCUAUUGUAAUGUAUUUAACUGUCGGAGAUAAAGUUUAUCUCAUGCAAAAAGUACGAUGCCCACAGUAAAGAGUUAAGGUAAUUUCAUUAUGUUGCCA